AUGACAAUAGAAUUAAUAGCAAAUUUAGAAAAUCAUAAAAGACGAAUAUGGAGUAUUUGUUGGAGUCCAGAUGGCAAUUUUCUAGCAUCAGUUGGCGCAGAUAAAUAUAUAACAAUAUGGUAUAAAAAAAAUAUCGAUAAAAAUAAAAAGGAAAAUAGUAAUAUGAAAAAAUCUGAAAAAAACUAUAACGAAAAAUAUGGAAUCAAAUUUGGUAUAUAUGAUAUUAUCGAAACAAAUCAUGAAAAAUCUUUGAGACAUAUCGAAUUUUCAAAAGAUGGAAAUUUUUUUAUUGUGGCUUCUUUUGAUUCAAAAUGCUCAAUUUAUGUUAAACACAAAAAUAAUAAAUGGAAAUUUUAUAAAACUUUAGAAGGACAUGAAAAGGAAGUCAAAUGCGCUUCUAUUCACCCAGCUAAUAAAUAUAUAGUUACUUGUGGUCGAGAUAAAAGUAUUUGGAUACAUGCAAAAAGUAAGGGGCUUGAAUCAGACAAUAAUAAUAAUAACAAUAAUAAUAAUAACAAUAAUAACAAUAAUAAUGAUAAUAAUAAUAAUGAUAAUAAUAAUAAUGAUAAUAAUAAUAAUAAAACCCUAAACGAUUCUGAUCAAAACCAUCAUAAACAAACAAAACAAAUUAAUAUCAACAAUACAGAAAUACUAAAUCAAAAUGAAUUCUCAGAAGAAAGCCAAAAUAAAUUAAAUAAUAUCGAAAAAACACAAAAUAAUAAUGAAACAUUUGAUUUUAAUUUUGAUGCUUAUUUAACGGCACAUACUGAAGAUAUAAAAUUUGUAACAUGGUGCCCAUUAAGUGAUAGUAAUUUUAUAUCACUUUCAUAUGAUAAUUCAUUAAAAAUAUGGAACAAAAAAAAUGAUGAAUGGUAUUGUAUACAAACAAUAAAUGAACAUAAAUCAGUUAUUUGGUGUGCUGCAUUUAAUUUUGAUGGGUCACAAUUUGCUACUUGUUCUGAUGACAAAUCUAUAAGAAUAUGGGAAAGUGAUAAAAAGAAUUCUUAUAAUCAAUUAAAAUAUCCUUUUCUUUAUCGUCAAUUAAUAAAAGAUGAAAAUAAUAAUUCAUUUUGUUUUGAUAUAAAUGAUGAAUCUGCAACAUAUUCAAAUAAUAAAGGAAAUAAUACACAAAAUAAAACGGAAUAUCAAUACAAUUCAAACAAUGAAAAAUCGACUAAUCUCAAUUGUGGAUAUAGUGAUAAAAAUGCAAAAGAAUUGUUAACCAUGUAUACAAAAAAUAACUUUAUUCCAUUAUAUUUCCAAUACGGAAUGUUUAAAACUGUUUAUUCUUAUCAAAAUGAUAAGAGGGAAACAGAAUAUCAAAAUAAACCUGAAUGGGAAACUGAAAAUAACCAUAAUAUUAUAUCACAAAAAAAGUGCUCUAUUGGAAAUAACUCACAAAACUAUUUAAAUAAAACAAAUGAAGAAAAUCAAAAUAUUCCCAACGAAAUGGAAAUAACUAACGAAAAAAAUUCAAAAAAUUCAAAUUCAAACAAAAUCAAUACAGCAACCUAUUAUGAACACAAUGAAACACAAAAAAAUGAAUUUGCAUAUGAAGAAACAAAUUAUUCAUCCAUUACUAAUAUUCAAAAUAUAAAUAAAAAGGAAAAAUGUUUACAAAAUAUCAUUUUUGAUGAUUGGAAAAUAAAACAUAUUAUAGAAGGUUACCAUAAAAGAAGUAUUAGUUAUUUAGAUUGGAAUAAUUUUGAAGAUUUAAUAGCAACAUCUUCUUUUGAUAAUUCUUUAAAAAUUUUUUCAAAAAAUGAACAAACAUGGAGCUUAAUAGAAAAUGUUGAAGAUGCUCACAUAAGUGAUGUUAAUUGCGUGGUUUGGUGCCCACAAAAAUAUCAAAAUUACUAUAUUUUAGCUACAACGGGGGAUGACUGUGUAGUUAAUAUAUGGAUGUAUAAAAAAGAAUAA